UUUGAUUUCUAGACCUGGCUAAUUUCUAGGGUGUAAUUACCUAUUUUUUAUCCAUAUAUGAUAUCUUUUGAAAAAAAAAGAAAAAACAAAAAGAUCUUUGAACUCAUCGAAUAAAAACAAAUAAAUUGACAAAAAUUAUUUGUGGACAAUAUAAUAUUAAACAAGUCUGUGCUGCUCUGGACUCUGGUGCUUUCCAUGCGGUGAUUGUGAUUCUCUUCAAUUUCUCCAUCUCAUCUCAGCCCCCAAACUCAGCUGAAACCACACCGCCGAGAAACCAUUAACCAUGGGCGACAAAGCAAUUCCUGAUGGCGCUUCUUCCACCACCACCACCAUCACUCCCUUCCCUUUCUUCCCCAACUUCCGCUUCGACGUCCCCAACUUCCACUUCGACUUCCCCAACCCGUUUCGCCGGGAUACCCAACAACCCCGCCGCCAAAUCGCCGCCUCCGAUGACCGUACGCCGCCCGCCGACGGCGACAAGCCUGAUGCCGUCAAGUUCGCGGACCGGAAACCUCCGCCGACGAAUUCACCUCUUCAGCUGGAAGUCGACGAGACUUCCCACCCACUGCUCAAUUACUCGGUACGUCAAUUUUCCCACCAAUCCAUCCCCUGCCGUGUUAGUUCCAGGUUUCGUGUUUGGUUGGUGAAAGAACUUUGAAGCUCGGAUUGUCAAAAGUUAAAGAAUGGAAAUUUUGUGUGGAUAAAUUGGUAAAUAGGACAGGAUGGGAGGGAGAUAAACGUAAAUUUAGAUUCCGACUCUGGGCCGGGCUCCGAUUCUUCGUUCUUUCCCUGUUGAGGGGAGAUAGGGGAAGGUAAUAGGAAGUUAAAGAGUUCGCAAGUUAUCGAUAAACCCAGAAAACCCUCUUCCGGACUAAUUCUCUAACUUCAACUCUUCGAACAUCGCUCGAACAACAAUGGCGGAAAAGAAGGGUGGAAGCAUGGCGGUGACUGGGAAAGACCAACAAGAUAGCGAAAUCACUAAACCUGUCCUUGUAAGGGUACCCAAUGCCCGUCCGGCUGUUUCUCCUAUGGAGGUUCAGGUUUCGGAGAACACUAAGAAAACCCACAACCCCGUCAUUAUUUGGCAGGUCUAUGCACUUGGAGGGUUCAUCGUUCUGCAGUGGGUAUGGGCAAGGUGGAACGAAAGGAAGGAAAGAGCGAAAAAGAGGUCAUCGGCGGAGGAGAAUCAAACUCCAGACGACCAUUCACCGGCUGAAGGCGAGGAAUGAUUGAAGGAGCUGAGGGAGGAGCUGCGGUGUGUAAAGCAAAUAUCAUACAUAUCACAGAAAUCCCUCUUCUCUUUUUUCUCAGUAGCUCUCUGGGUUGUAUUUAUGGAGACAUGGAAGUUCUUACUUUCAAAUGACAUCUUCCUUUUAAGGCCACAAACUCUCUUUGGAAAGUGAAGACUGGCAAGGUUCAGGAUUUUCUGUACAGCUUAGCUCCCUCGUGGUUGUACCAUAACUAAAUUCCGGCUAAUGUUUAAAUUUUAUCAAAUCGAUCAUUUACGCUUUCACCGACUAACGAAACGAUCAUUUUGCUAAUCUUUGAGA